UUGACACAUCACUGGGUCUCUUGUAGGGUAUCAUAUCGAGUUCAAGGAAAGAAACAGCCUUUUGUGGAAGAGAGCGAACAAGACUCCUAUUAGGAUGAAAGACUUCAGAGUGACAGGAUUAACUGAAGGUCUGGAAUAUGAAUUCCGAGUGAUGGCAAUCAAUUUAGCAGGAGUAGGCAAGCCAAGCCUGCCAUCAGAGCCAGUCGUGGCACUUGAUCCCAUUGAUCCUCCUGGCAAGCCCGAGGUUAUCAGUGUAACAAGGAACUCAGUGACUCUCAUUUGGACUGAGCCCAAAUACGAUGGUGGUCAUAAGUUGACUGGAUACAUAGUGGAGAAGCGGGACCUACCUUCCAAAUCUUGGAUGAAAGCGAACCAUGUUAAUGUCCCCGAUUGUGUCUUUACUGUAACUGACCUUGUGGAAGGUGGAAAAUAUGAAUUCAGAAUUAGAGCAAAGAAUACAGCAGGUGCUAUCAGUGCCCCAUCAGAAAGUACAGGAACCAUUAUUUGCAAGGACGAAUAUG